AUGAGAUUUUCUUUGUUACUUAUGGUGUGCGCCUUGUGCCUGGUAUCCCAAGCCGCAUUGACAUUCAUUUUGGGGGCCCAUGAAAAUGUGUGCUUUGGUGUGUUUACCGACCAGCCAAGGACAUCUAUCAGUUAUUACUUUGCUGUUCAAAGUGGAGGUGCCUUUGAUGUUGACUACACUAUAAAGAACCCAAGAGGUGAAGUGAUCGUUACCGAAGACAAGCAGAGACAAGGAGAUUUCAUAAUCAAUGCCGAUAUUGCCGGAGAGUACGAAUUGUGUUUCUCCAAUAGCAUGUCUACUUACGCUGAAAAGGUGAUUGACUUUGAGAUUAAGGUGGAAAAUGAUAAAAAUGACUUCAAGGCCAACAUGCCAGACCAACCAAAUGCCAAACCAAAGGCUCAUAUUGAAAACAUGGGCAAGACUGUUGACAAAAUCGACCAAAAAUUGGAUGAAUUGUUAAGAGCCAUUCAAUACUACAAGACCAGAAACAACAGAAACCAAGCCACUGUUAAGAGUACUGAAUCUAGAAUCUACUACUUUUCUAUUUUCGAAGUGUUGUUGAUGGUUGGUAUGGCUGGUUUACAAAUUACAGUUGUGCAAUUGUUCUUUAAGGGAUCAAGAAAACAAUUAGUGUAG